AUGAAUUAUCGCAAAAAGGGUACAGCGAGCUUUUGGCGAAGUGUAGGAAAUGAAUUCGCGAAGAAUGCUCGUAAAUCGGGUCGCUAUGUUGAAGCAUAUCGAGCGAAUUUCGAUACGCUUUUUCCAUCGAAAACUAAGAAAAAACGAACAUCUUUUCCUACGAAACUUCUUUUCGGCAAUAAAUCACUUAUUUCCGACGCAGUUAAUCCAUUUAAACUUAAAAAGCCUUCUAAAUAUGAUGAGGAAUUCGGUCGGGUCUCUAAUGCUCCAGUCAUUAUUGGUACGUUAUCUACUGUUAAUCAGCAGUUAUCGAUGAUUGACUCUUUAACUACUGAUCUGAUGUUACAUUUAUGUCGUUUAAACUCUGAUACAGUUUUUAAGUAUGGUAGUGUUCAGCUGAUAACUUUUCUUACCGCGGGAAAUUAUGCAAUGCUUUUGUCGAGUAUUGAGCCAUCACUUAAAUUUCUGGCACGUGCCUUUCGUCAUCGAUCAUGGUUCAUAAAUAAAAUAUUCAAUAUUCGACCUAUCGUAAAUAUGAAAAGGAUUCAUCGAAAUGCAUUUCAGCCACAUUUUCCACUUCAGAAAACGAUCGCUCAUGAAAAAAAAUUAGCUGAUUUGAAUAUUUCAAAUGGAUUUUUGUAUGGAAUAACCAUUCAACCAAAAGAAGCUAUUUCUAUUGGAGCUAUGAAUUUGCUUAGCUAUGAUAGCUAUGAUAACUGUGAAGAAUUUGAUGAUGUUGCUGAUGUACUCAUGAAGUAUGCUUUCUGGACAAAAAUUACAGGAAAAUUAACGAUAAACUGUAAACUUCUUUCCAAAUUAAGAGAGUGGUUCCCUCAUAGAGAAACAGAUUUCGCUUCUUUUAUCAGUGAUGAGACGAAGUUAUCUCAGUUGAGUAUGCAGACACUUGAUGAGAUGUUCGUUGUGAUUUACAAGUUUCUAGCUGAAGAGGAAUGUACAAUUAGGAAGGAAAUUGAAGAAUUUACAUCUAAAUUCAAGCCCGUACCAGCGGAUAAAAAAUUCGCUGACUAA